AUGGAGGGCCUCUUCACACUGCUCAUUUUGAGCAUUGUGAUGGCUAUAACUUCCUUCCUCGUCGGUGCAUUGCCGCUUACUUUCACCCUCUCCUCCUCACAGUCACGAUUCAUCUCAUCCUUGGGCAUGGGCAUAUUAGUCGGCACGGCGCUUGUGAUUAUUAUUCCCGAAGGUGUGGAAACACUCUACAGCUCGCAAAACUAUCGCUCGUCGUCGACCCUUCAGACUCGCGGACUGGACAUACGAUGGCAGCACAAGAGUUCACCGGUUAAUAUCCUACCACCGAGAGGGAUUCCGGAAAUCGACGCUCUACCUGGUCCCGUUGUCGCCGACGAUACAUCUGCCUUUGGAGAUGCAGCGCCGCCGAAAACGCCAACAGUGCCGGGAGAGGUGCAUGCUUUGAAUCUCGAUGGAGGUAGUAACGUUGGCGAUUCCCACGACCACAACCACGAAGAUGAAAAUCGCGCGCUUCAUGCUUGGGUUGGAAUAUCCCUCAUCAGUGGAUUCAUUCUUAUGUAUCUCAUCGACAAACUACCUUCCUUUGCUACGCCGCCGAAACCCAGGCGAUUACCGUACCAUAUAUCAUUAGACAAUCUCGGAGGAUCCGGUCUACGAAGAAGCUCCUCACCCAACCGAGAUGGCGGAUUACUCGACCAGGAUAGCAACAACCACGCCGCUCAUAACCCGCACACCUUCGCAAUGACCACUGGCUUGGUUAUCCAUGCCGCAGCGGACGGCAUCGCCCUGGGCGCAUCGGGAUCCGACUCCAGCUUGAGUUUCAUCAUCUUUCUCGCUCUUCUUGUACACAAAGCGCCAGCUGCGUUUGGCUUGACCUCUGUGCUUCUGAAGCAAGGCCUUUCCAGUCGAGUUGCGGGUCGUCAUUUGCUGGUCUUCAGUCUAGCUGCGCCGGUGGGGGCUUUGUUGACUUUUCUUAUUGUGCAUACUCUUGGCUCUGGGUUUGGGGGCGACGAGGCUUCGAAUCGGUGGCGGACUGGCGUUCUGUUGCUGUUUUCUGCGGGGACAUUUUUAUACGUCGCGAUGCACACAAUACAAGACAUUGCGCCUUCGUCAGCUCCGUCCCAUUCUCAUUCCAAUGGCUACGCAGACUCGCGCGAACCACCGAAACCAAAGGGAUCGAUCCAGGACCUGGCGGUUUCAGUUGUGGGCAUGAUUCUGCCUUUAUUUUUGCAGAUCGGACAUGCGCAUUAA